CCCUCUGGGGAUUUGUUGUUCCCCGAUAGACCCAAGGCCAGCCCAGAAUGGCUAAGAGCAAAGCAAACAGCCUUAUCUUGGGAGCGUGGGGCCCCGACUAUAAAGAGGGAAGUCACUCGAGUCCUUUCCUCACUCAAGAUGAAGCUCCUUCUGCUGGCGGCUCUGCUCACAGCAGGCGCUACUGCCCACAGCAUCACCACUCGGGCUGUGUGGCAGUUCCGCAAUAUGAUCAAGUGCACCAUCCCCGGGAGCGAUCCCCUGAAGGAGUACAACAAUUACGGCUGCUUCUGUGGCUUGGGCGGCUCAGGCACCCCAGUGGACGAAUUAGACAGGUGCUGCCAGACUCAUGACCACUGCUACACUCAGGCUAAGAAGCUGAAAAGCUGUAAAUUCCUCAUAGACAACCCCUACACCAACACGUACUCAUUCAAGUGCUCCGGGAAUGAGAUCACCUGCAGUGACAAAAACAACGACUGUGAGGCGUUCAUCUGCAACUGUGACCGCCAGGCUGCCAUCUGCUUCUCCAAGGCCCCGUACAACAAAGAAAACAAAGAUCUUGACACCAAGGAACGUUGUUAGGCUGUCUCCUCCCUUCCCGCCUACGCUGUCCCUGCCCACCUCGCUGUUUUACUGCGCACCACGCCCUCUUAAUAAAGUAUCUGCGUGAACGAGC